GUCGGGCAGAAAAGUAUUCAAAUAAAUAAGGGUUGCCCACCAAAGUUGAAAAACACUGGGAGAGAGAAAAAUUAGAAGAAAUGCGUAUUGAUUCAACAUCUUCCUUUAAUCUUAUGACACUCCCUCCUCCUCCUUCUUCUUCUUCUUCCACCUCCUCCUCUUCUUAUUCUUCAGCUCUUUUAAACCUUCCAUUUUCUCGCCGGAGAAAAUGGCAGCGAGUGAAGGCCAUUGCCGGCGGUGAAAAAGAGAAGAUUCUGGUGAUAAUGGGCGCCACAGGUUGCGGCAAAUCCGGGUUAUCCGUUCAACUAGCCUCUCAUUUUCAAUCUGAAAUCAUCAACUGCGACAAAAUGCAGGUUUAUAAAGGUCUCGACAUUACAACUAACAAGAUUCCUCUCCACGAACGACAUGACGUUCCACACCAUUUACUGGGCGACGUGGAUUCGCUUCACGAAGAAUUCACUCCCUUCCAUUUCAGACUCCGUGCCGACAAUGUCGUUUCAGAUAUAUGCUCUAGGAACAAACUACCUAUUCUAGUAGGUGGGUCCAAUUCCUUCAUUCAUGCAAUGCUCGUGAACCAUUUCAAUCCAAUGGACGACGUUUUUCUCACUCAUAGUCAUAUUCCUAAAUCCCUUAUUUCAUCCGAUUUACGUUACCGUUGUUGUUUCCUUUGGUUAGACGUCUCGUUUCCGAUUUUGUCAGAAUAUUUAUCAAUCCGAGUCGAUGAAAUGCUCCAACUCGGAAUGUUUGAGGAAUUAGCCGAGUUUUACCAUCCCGAUACGGCAGAAACGACGCCAUAUACUGGGAUUAGAAAAGCAAUAGGAGUGCCGGAGUUUGAUAAUUACUUCAAAAAAUAUCCGCCGGGUCAAAAAAAUGGGAUUAAUAGAGAAGCGUUUGAAGAAGCGGUUGAUGCUAUAAAAAGGAACACGCACGUGCUAGCGGAGAGACAGAUAGGGAAGAUUUUGAAACUGAAAGGGGCGGGUUGGGAUAUUCACGUGUUGAAUGCGACGGAGGCGUUUAGGGCGGUGGUCCAACCGGGAACCGGCCGGAACCGGAAACAGAUUUGGGAGAAGCAGAUUUUGAAACCGAGUUUGAGGAUUGUAAAGCGCUUUUUGGAGUAGUUUGUUGUCUUUGUUCGUUCAUUUGUAAGUUUAUUAUUAUUAUUAUUAUUAUUAUUAUUAUUAUUAUAUUUGUGCUUCCUCGCAUUUAAUUUUCCACCUGAAGAAAACCCGGCGGAACGAACGGAAGUUUGAGUUGGAGAACGACGAUUGGGUUUUUCCGGCUGAGAAUUGGUUUCUACUUAGCGAGUGGAGAUUUCCCAAAAUAAUAAUUUAAACAC